AUGUGUCCAAGUCAAUUAUUCUCCAGCUUCUUCUUGGUCUCUCUCCUUGUUCUUUUGUUCUCCAUCUUCAUCAACUCCAAUAGAGCUGAUGAUACGUCCUUUGCAAAUUGCCCUUCGUCUACCUGCAAAAAUGGACUUGAAAUUUCAUAUCCUUUUUGGAGACUUGAUAGCCACAAACCCCCCUCUUCACAAUACUGUGGCUAUCCAGGAUUUGGAAUCUUCUGUUCUGAAACAGAUCGAACUCUGCACAUUUCCGAGGAUUCUUUCUAUGUUAAGGAGAUUAAUUACAAUAACCACUCCCUUACCCUAGUGGAUAUUGAUGCUCUUGAUAGCAGAGUAUGCCCCAGGGUACAUCAUAAUCUUACUAUAGAUGACGACUUGCCAUUGGUAUAUUCAGAGCUUGAUAUGAAUCUUACUUUCUAUUAUAACUGUACCGGUUCUCUUCCAGAUCCUACUCUUACGUUAGAUUGCUUAAAUUUAGGUGGAAACAAGUCAUAUUUAUAUGUUGAGGAUCAUGAGCCGAAAAAUUUGAAUUGGUAUCGAACAUGUGAGAAAAAAGUGGUGGUGCCUGUGACGAAGGGUGGGUGGACUGGAGAACUUGGUGCGGCGAUGGAUGAGGGGUUCGUAUUACAUUGGGAGAAUACGAUGGAGUGCGGAAAGUGUGAGGCCUCGGACGGGCGUUGUGGUUACGACAAUUUAACCCAAGAGUCCUUGUGCUUACCGCAAAGAUGGCACCGUAAAUUUUCAUAG